AAGAAGCUCAGAUCAUCAAGUUUAACAAGUCGAAGACCGAUACCAAAGAGAGGGCAGAUCAUGGUGAGGAUAGCAGCAACUGCUUACCACACUGUGGUUUCUGUGUUCUCAAAGCCACCUCGCACCACCACUCCCAUGGCUAAAACGUUCCUAAGAGAGAUGAAGAUGAACAGAAGCAAUUAG